UAUGACCAAUGACGUUCAUUAGAUUACCGGCACAAAUUUUAUAAAAAAAUAUACUUUAGUAAUCUCACUAUUUACGUAUUAAAUAUUUGCACAUCAAAUUAUUUGUGCUUAUGACAUUCUGCUGGAGAUUAGUAAGAAAUUUUUGCAAAUUCAGCAGAGUUCCAGUUGUUCAAAACAGAUUUUGCUACAUCACAACAAUGGCCUAUCAAUACCCAUCUGCACGUAGGGAGGACGUGAAAGAUACUUAUCAUAACGUUGAGGUGGCAGAUCCCUAUCGUUGGCUUGAAGACCCUGAUGCUGAGGAUACUAAACAAUAUGUGGAAGAACAAAAUGCUGUUACUCAUCCCUACAUUGAAGAAUGCUCCUUCAAAGAAGAAAUCAAUAAGAGUGUUACUAAACUUUGGAACUACCCGAAAUAUUCUACUCCAUUUAAGCAAGGCUCCAAAUAUUACCAGUACCGGAAUACAGGGCUUCAAAAUCAGAGUGUUAUUUACCAAUUAGAUAGUUUAGAUAGUGAGGCUACUGUGUUCUUGGACCCAAACUUACUCUCCAAAGAUGGUACCAUAGCAUUAUCCACCUCUAAGUUUUCUGAGGAUGGCAAGGUGUUUGCAUAUGGCUUGAGCAGCAGUGGCUCUGAUUGGAUUGAGAUUAAAUUCAGGAAUGUAGAGACUGGCAAGGAUUACAAUGAAAUCUUAACAAAGGUCAAGUUCAGUCCAAUGACUUGGAUGCAUGACAACAAGGGUUUCUUUUAUGGUGCAUAUCUACAUAAACAGGGCAAGGCUGAUGGAUCAGAAACUGACUGCAAUGAGUACCAGAAGUUAUACUACCAUUGUCUGGGCACUGAUCAAUCUCAGGAUUUUGUUGUGGUUGAGUUUGAUGACCCACAACUUAGAAUAGGAGCAACUGUUAGUUACUGUGGCAAAUAUUUAGUAGUUACAGCUGUUAAGGGGUGUAAGAAUAAUUUGCUUUACUUUGCACGCAUGGAUGGUGAAGUCACUGGGAAACUUAAUCUUAAACCAGUUGUUACUGAACUUGAAGCUGAUUAUGAAUAUAUUACUAAUAACGGCAGCAAAUUCUUCUUCCGUACUAACAAAGAUGCACCGAACUAUCGCAUUAUUGUCAUCGAUUUCGAUAAUCCAGAUAAAGCGAACUGGUCUACUUUGGUACCUGAACAUGAGAAAGAUGUGCUGGACUGGGGGAAGGCGAUUAAUACUAAUCAAUUAGUACUGUGUUAUCUCAGGGAUGUUAAAAAUACUUUAUCUUUACAUAAGUUGGAAUCAGGAGAGAAAAUAAUGGAUUUCCCUAUUGAGUUGGGUACCAUUAACGGGAUAUCUGGCAAGCGAGAGCAUACAGAGAUGUUCUACCGCUUCGUCUCGUUCCUUACACCUAACAUAAUCUACAAGGUGGAUUUCUCAGGGUCUACGAUCAAACAGACCGUCUUUCAUGAAACAAAAGUCGGUGAUCUUGAUCCAUCGAAAUACGUGAGCAAGCAGGAGUUCUACACCAGCAAGGAUGGAACUAAAGUGCCCAUGUUUAUAGUCCACAAGAAAGGAUUUGUCAUGGAUGGCACUAAACCCUGCAUGCUUUAUGGUUACGGUGGAUUUAAUAUUAACGUUACUCCGUCCUUCUCCGUUUCGAGAUUAGUCUUCGUUAAUCAUUUCGAUGGAUGCUUCGUAGUAGCCAAUAUCAGAGGAGGAGGGGAAUACGGCGAUAAGUGGCAUAAUGGUGGUCGUUUCGCUAAUAAGCAGAACUGCUUCGACGAUUUCCAGUAUGCUGCUAAAUAUUUAGUGGAAAAUAAGUACACUAAUUCUGAUAAGUUGACCAUCUUGGGAGGUUCAAACGGUGGCCUUCUAGUCGCAGCUUGCAUAAACCAAGCUCCACAGCUCUUUGCUACUGCUAUUUGCCAAGUCGGAGUUUUGGAUAUGCUGCGGUUCCAUAAAUUUACCAUUGGGUACGCCUGGAAGUCCGAUUAUGGUUCUUCAGAGACAUCUGAAGGAUUUGAUUAUCUUUACAAAUAUUCACCUCUGCACAAUAUCAAAAUACCAGAAGGAGAUGUGCAAUAUCCAGCGACAUUGCUUUUAACUGCUGAUCAUGACGAUCGGGUGGUUCCUUUGCAUUCGUUGAAGUUCAUCGCCGAGUUGCAGCAUAAGAUUGGAAACGUUCCCAAGCAGACGAAUCCGUUGAUGGUUCGUGUAGAAACUAGGGCUGGACACGGCGCAGGAAAACCAACUGCUAAACUCAUCGAAGAAGUCACUGACACGCUUUGUUUCAUAGCAAAGUCAACAAACCUGGAAUUCCACGAAUAACAAUAAAUUUGAUGGUUCCCAA